CCGUACUUUGGCUUCCCAGUAUUACAACAACCCUUCAUUUCUUUGUUCCUGUCCAAUCUGCUUCUGUACUCACUUCAUCAAUUCUAGCCAUCAAGAGCUCCACAAAACAAUGGCAGCUUGUAUUGCUAAUUCAAGAAGCGAAAGUACUUCUAGUAGUGCAUUUUCUUUGAACCCCAAUCAAUUCCAAAAGAGUAGUUCUAGUUGCAGGUCCAAAUUCUGCAUAUCCCCCAGUUUGUCAAAUCUUGUUUCAUGUAAAACCAUUAACCGGGGUGGGAAGAAAGUCUCAAUUGAGGAUCAUGAAGAUGAGCUAUGGUUGAAAAUCCGAGAGGAAGCUUCAUGUGACUUGGAGCAAGAGCCUAUCUUGUCUAAAUACUACUACUCGUCGAUAUUGUCACAUGUUUCACUAGAGAGCGCGUUAGCGAAUCAGCUAGCGAUGAAGUUGGGAAAUUCAGAAGUUGCUAGUGAUGCACUGAAGGAAAUUCUCUUAAGCGUUUUUGCUGAAGAUCAGGAGGUCAGGAGAGCCAUUAGAGAUGAUCUCAGAGCUGUAAGAGAACGAGACCCUGCCUGCCUCAGUUAUGUCCAUUGCUUGUUGAAUUUCAAAGGUUUUCUUGCAUGCCAAGCUCACAGGGUGGCAAACAAAUUGUGGUCACAAGGAAGGACUGUCAUGGCACUCCUACUUCAGAGUCGAAUAUCUGAGGUUUUUGCAGUGGACAUCCAUCCUGGAGCGAGAAUUGGUCGGGGGAUUUUACUUGAUCAUGCCACUGGUGUUGUGAUUGGAGAGACAGCAGUCAUAGGAGAUAAUGUCACAAUUCUGCAUAAUGUGACAUUUGGUGGUACAGGGAAAGUUUCUGGAGACAGGCAUCCUAAGAUAGGUGAUGGGGUUUUUAUAGGAGCAGGAACAAAGGUUUUGGGUAAUAUAACAAUUGGAGAAGGAGCUAAAAUAGGUGCAGGGUCAGUGGUUCUGAAGGAUGUGCCUCCUAAGACUACUAGUGUUGGAAAUCCAGCUAGAUUGGUUGGAGGAAAAUAGAAACCUGCUGUUAUGCGAAAUCAGUACUGUUGGAGCUAGAACCAUCGGUUUGGUUGGUUUCCAACAAUAAGAUCGAUUAUUGUCCAAGGCUUCUUUCAGUUUCUUUGUUAUGUAAAUUAUUAUCUUCAUGACAUUCUGUUUGAAGAACGUUGUUCAUAUUUGAGGAUGACUUAGUAAUGUAUGGGGAUGAAGCCUCUUUCAUCUUAAAUCAUUGUGACAAUAAUGUCUACUUACCCAAAAGUGGACUAGAAAACUUGAAAAAAGAAGUGACAAUUUAUCACUAGAUUCCUGGAAA